GCCUCACGCACAAGAACCACGUUGCACAUCGAAGGACUUUCACAUAGCCGCUUCCGGAGAACGAUGACCUUGCCGACGGUUGCCGCACUGAUGAAGCAGAGGUCUGUCCAGGUGGUCCAGGCGAGAGGGUUGAGGGCGGGGGCGGAGCUGACGCGGCUGGCGAAGUGGGGGCUCCCUGUUGGAGCAGCGGCCUCGUGGGUCUUUUACCCCGUCAUCAACGGCGUGUACCAGGAGUACUUGGAGGAGCAAGCGGAGGCGGCAGCGGAGGCGGCAGCGGCGGCUGCCGAGGAAUCCUAAUCGACUGCCGGUAGUGACUGACUAUGUUUCGGCUUCUCUAGGAAGUUUCAUGAGCACAAACAUUUUUUUUCUGGCUCUUUUCCAGACGGCGUCAUACUGAGUCGUGGCUCGAAAUCGCUCAGUGGCUUUAAACGACUAUUCAUCGGUGUAAGCCAGCGGUCGGGUGGAAACUCCACGUCAUCCGGUGUCUUACUCUGAGUCGGCGUUUUCUUGGCGUGUUUGAUCGAUUCGUAACGUCGUCAAGACACAAUGCUGUGAUUUCUAUGGGACAGGGGCAGGUUGCCGUACGGAAGAUCGGUCGUGUGGUUGGUCUUGGACCAGUACGGUAGAUGCUCUGCUGGUUUAGCGCAUCCGCGAUAGCUCGAGAUAGAAAAGAGGGGGCGCCUUGACCCCACUGACUCCAACUUGAGAGCUGCGCUUUUUGUUGGUGGCUUGAUAAUUCUUGGUACAGCAGUACGGUAUCGCUGUGGGGGGUCAGCCGAUGAUACGGAGCGGCGCAAAGGAUGGGGGGGGGUAGGCGCAAUGCGCAAUACUGGAUGCACGUGUCUCUACCGCUGAAUUCCCUCGACUCACCGGGCUCAACAACUGCUGUGGAUAAUGACACUUGUUGUGUACUGCUGUACCAGCCCUUCCCUU